AAGUCUCCCACCACUGACGAGCCUGGAGAUUGUCCACGUUUACAGCUUCAGUCUCCGCUUCUCUGCCCCUCAGCUGCAGUCCCGGCCCCGGCGUCAGCACUCUGCGUUUCUUCGUGAAAAACUGUUGCACUGUUUAUCGUUAACUCUCCUUUUUAGUGACUUGUGAGUGUGUAAAGAUGUUUUCCUGCUGUCUGCUCGUUUUCCUGCUCUGUGUUCGCUGCUGCGUGGACUGUAAUCCCAGUCCAGUGUUAGGAGAUGUAGUCGUGGACAGAGUCUUCAUCCCUGCUGAAUGCGGCAGAGAAACCAAGGACGGAGACUUUGUCCGCUAUCACUACAACGCCACGUUUGUCGACGGCAAAGCCUUUGACUCCAGUCAUCAGAGAGGCGACGCUAAGGUCGCUCUCAUCGGCGAGGGUCGUCUCAUCGCGGGCAUGAACAAAGGUCUGCAGGGCAUGUGUGUGAAUGAGCGCAGGACAGUCACCGUCCCCCCUCACCUGGCCUAUGGAAGCACCGGUGCAGGUGAUGUGGUUCCUCCAGAUGCCACUCUGGUGUUCGACAUCCUUCUGGUGGAUCUGUGGAACAAAGCCGACCUUGUUGUCACCAAAACCAUCAACACGCCCAAAGACUGCAAACGGUCCGUGAUGCGCACAGACUUUGUGCGCUACCGAUUCAACGGCACCCUGCUCGACGGCACCGUCUUUGACUCCAGCUACACCCGGAAGCAGACCCAAGACUCCUUAGUGGGUGAGGGUUGGCUGAUCAAGGGCAUGGAUGAAGGUUUGCUGGGCAUGUGCGUGGGAGAGACGAGACAUAUCGUCAUCCCGCCCUUCAAGGCUUACGGGGAGAAGGGAUCAGGCACAGAGAUUCCCUCCCAGGCCACCCUGGUGUACAACGUCCUGUUGGUGGACAUUCAUAACCCAAAGGACAACAUCACCAUUGAGAACCAGGUGGUGCCUGAGUCGUGUACUCGCACGUCGGUUGUUGGGGAUUACAUGAGGUACCACUACAACGGCACCUUCCUCAACGGAGAAGCCUUUGACUCCAGCUACAAGAGGAACAGCACGUACAACACCUACAUCGGAAUGGGGUAUGUGAUCUCGGGCAUGGACCAGGCUCUGCUCGGAGUCUGUGUUGGGGAGAGAAGACGAGUCAUCAUCCCUCCUCACCUGGCCUAUGGAGAACAAGGAGCAGGUGACGUCAUCCCUCCCUCAACCGUGCUCGUCUUCGACGUUCACAUCAUCGACUUCCACAACCCCAACGACACCGUGGGCAUCCAGGUCACCCACAAACCAGAAGUGUGCAACGAGACCACCGCGGAGCACGACCGCGUCCACUAUCACUACAACUGCUCGCUUAUGGAUGGCACGCUGCUCUUCUCCUCACACGACUAUGAGAACAUCCAGGACGCUGUGCUGGGGGCAGACAAAGUCAUCGACGGGCUGGACGUGGGUUUGAGGGGAAUGUGUGUCGGAGAGAGGAGGCUGGUGACGGUGCCUCCACAUCUGGGCCACGGAGAAAAAGGAGCCACUGGUGUGCCCAGUAGUGCCGUGUUGGUGUUUGACAUCGAGAUGCUGAGCUUCCAGAAGGGCGUCCCCCCUGGUUACCUGUUUGUGUGGCUCGAGGAUUCUCCUACAAACCUGUUUGAAGUCAUGGACACAAACAAGGACAACGAGGUCACACAGGAGGAGUUCGAAGAGUUCAUCAAGCGGCAGGUGGCAGAGGGCAAAGGUCGCAUCAAGCCCGACCUGACGAUGGAGCAGGUUGUCGUCGACAUGUUCGAAAACCAGGACCGGAACAAAGACGGCUUGAUAACGGCGGACGAGCUCAAACUAAAGGUAGAAGAGGACAAGGAACGGGAAGAGAUGAGGCACGAGGAGUUGUGAUGAGGUGACUGAGGCUUUUACACGCUCUCGCUCUCUCUCAGGGAUGAACCCCAACACCUUAAAAAAAAAAAAACAAGCAACGAGAGACUUUUCCUUCAAGGCGUCAAUGUUUUAAUAUUGCACAUGUUUUGAUAUGACAAGAAAAUAGUGUGGAGAAUCUUCUUGCGUAGCUUUUGUGUUGUGUGAGUGUUUGAGUUGGACAGUUGUUUUUCAGACAAUCGACGGAGCACCUUUUUAUUUGUCCCUGAAGUCAUUAAAAUGUCAGAAAACGAA